UUUGGGGUUGCCAGGGAGCGGCUGGAGACUGACUUCCGUUUCCGGCGACUGAGGCACGAGGAUCUCGUGCCUUAAGCCAGCGGGAGAAUGCGGCCUUUGACCGAAGAGGAGACUCGUGUAAUGUUUGAGAAGAUAGCAAAAUACAUCGGGGAGAAUCUUCAGCUGCUGGUCGACAGGCCCGACGGCACCUACUGCUUCAGGCUGCACAACGACCGGGUGUACUACGUGAGUGAGAAGAUCAUGAAGUUGGCUGCUAACAUCUCCGGUGACAAGCUGGUGUCGCUGGGGACCUGCUUUGGAAAAUUCACGAAGACUCACAAGUUCCGGUUGCACAUCACAGCUCUGGAUUACCUUGCACCCUAUGCCAAGUAUAAAGUGUGGAUAAAACCUGGAGCAGAGCAGUCCUUCCUGUAUGGGAACCACGUGUUGAAAUCUGGACUGGGCCGAAUCACUGAAAAUACUUCUCAGUACCAGGGAGUGGUGGUGUACUCCAUGGCAGACAUCCCUUUGGGUUUUGGGGUGGCAGCAAAGUCCACACAAGACUGCAGGAAAGUAGACCCCAUGGCGAUUGUGGUAUUUCAUCAAGCAGACAUUGGGGAAUAUGUGCGGCAUGAAGAGACAUUGACUUAAAAACGAAAUCGUCGCAAGGACUUGUGGCUGUGUGGAAGGGCCUAGCUUUGUUUCCUGUGUCUGUGUAGGCUCCACCAUCCUGUCGUAUUUUGUCAACACUGUGACUUCUUCAGGGACUUUUUAGUGUAAUAUUCUAUUAUCGACGAUUUCAGGCUGGAUUCUUAUACACAGAAAUGGCUCAAAAAUGGGGUUUCAGAUCUUUGUGUUUGUGACUAAAUAGAAUAGUGUUUUAUGUUUGACUCAGAGGGCUUCUUGUUUUGAGUAACAGCUUCUGAAUCGUUGGAACUGAGGACAAGAAUAGCUUAUUGUUAUCUGUGAUAACAUUAUUUUCCAAACACAUGAAAGGAACACAAUGAAUUUUCUUAAUUAUUUAUUAGUACUAUGCAAGAUAGACUAGUAGGCCAUGUCUGGGAUUAUACAAAUGAAAUUUGGAUAAAAUAAUAACAAUUUAUUCUGCUAAUUUUCCAUAGGGUAGGUGCUGUGUGGUGUGGAAGAAAAACAGAUUCACACCCGAAUUCUGAUACCUACCAGCUCCAGGGUCUUUGAUGAGUCAUUAAAUUUUAAUAAGCUUUAUUUUCUUCUUCUGUUUCAAAAAACAGCGUUAAUUAUCUACCUAAGAAUGGUUUCUGGAAUCAGAAAUCAUCGUUGUAAAACAUUUAGCACAGUGCCUGACAAAUGAUAGGUGUUGAAUAAAUGGUAAGAAUUAUUUUUAUAUUGCAUAUACUGAGUAUUCCUAUUACUGAGAGUAGGAUUUUAUGAGUAUAGUUUGAUUAUAUUAACUUGGUUUUUAUAAGCUUUUAAUUAUUAUUGAGGUCAUGAUAGUUUAUAACAUUGUAAAAUUUCAGUUGUACGUUACUAUUUGUCAGUCACCAUAUGAAUGUGCCCCUUCGCCCCUCGGGCCCACCCCGUAACCCCUUUCCCCCCUGGUAACCACUGAACUGUUGCCUUUGUCUGUGUGUUUGUUUAACUUCCACGUAUGAGUGGAAUCAUACAGCGUUUGUCUUUCUCUGGCUUAUUUCGCUUAACAUAAUACCCUCAAGGUCCAUCCAUGUUGUUGCGGAUGGGAUGAUUGUUCUUUUUCAUGGUUGAGUAGUAUUCCAUUGUGUGUGUGUGUGUGUGUGUCUGUGUGUAUAUAUAUAUACACCACAUCCCUAACCAAUCAUCACUUGAUGGUACAAGCUUUUUUUCCCCCUUGAUCUUUCUUUCUUGGACAACAUGAUCCCAGGCUGAAUGUUAUUUUUAUCACCUUGAUUUCCUAAAACAUAAUUUCUCUUACGAACCUUUACUUAACCUGACUCGACUAGACAAAAAGCACUAAUCAGAGACCCUGAAAUAAUUCAAUUCCUCCCUCCUUCCCCACAUCUCCCAAAAUUAUUUUUAGAAUUGUUAAAAUAUUUUUUAAAAAUGAAAAACAUUUCAAAAAUUUUAAAACCAGCUGUAUUGUAAAACAUUUUCUUUAACAAAUAUACUGCUUAUUUUAAAUUCCAAAGGUAUUUUAUCUCUAAAAAUAAACAUUUUUCAACUACAAAAAAGCAGUCUACCAACUCCUAUUUUUGUAUGCAACAUAUAAAACCGGAUUUCUGUUUUUGUCCCAUUUUUUCCAACUCUUCUCCCUUCUGAGGUUCUCUGUUAACCUCUACAUAGACUUAGUGACGGUUGAGGGACUGCUAUAUGAUGAACAGUAUUUUGAUGGUAACGUUUAUUUUAUUGCCAUUUUUUGCCUGUGUAGAUGACAGCAACAGACUAAAACUUUCUAACAGGGGAAAUUGAUCUUUUUCAAGAACUUUACAAAGCUGGUUUGACCAAAGCUUUGACGAAGGUUCUGCCCCAGAAGGAAAGAGCCACGGCACUGUAGUUGUUUUAGCUUAGCAUCUUGGUUUCUUUGUGCCUGUAGUCAGUGGGACAUUGAAGAGACGCUUCAAGAAAUACAGCUGCAGGAUUCCAGAAAGAACAAUAACAAGGCUCUGGGCUGUUGACCACCAGUUCACAUAGUUAUAAUUUGAUUGGAGAAGGAAAAAGUCCGCCCUUUUCCUCAUUCGGGCAAAGUUGUAGUAUCGCCACAUGUGAAAGAUAUUGUUCUGCACCUUUUGUGUACUCUCCUGUGGGACACACAAUAAAAUAAAGGAGUCCUCCCUACCUGCCAUCUAAGCUCA